GAUGAGCUCAUCGUCAGAGCUCAUUAGCAAUCACCAAGUCGCAAUUAUAGCCCCCUCAGCCGCAGGGAGGUUGCACUCGCGGUUGGCUUGUACGAUAUACCCUCAAGAUGCCGUUUGGGAACGUGAAGCUCAAUGAUGGCACGGAGAUACCCGCCAUCGCUUUCGGUACGGGUAGCGUUUGGAAGGGCAAGGAUGUCACGAAAUACGUUGAGCAAGCGGUAGAGACAGGUUUCUCGCACAUUGACACGGCUGCCAUAUACAAGACGGAGAGCAACGUCGGGCAAGCCAUCCGAGAGACCGGUCUGAGCCGCUCUGACCUGUAUAUCACUACUAAGUACGACGGAGGUGAUAUUCAGGGCGCUAUUAGAGACAGUCUGGCAUUGCUGGGCAUUAAACAUGUAGACUUGUACCUGAUCCACGCGCCACUAUUCCUCCCGGGCAGCAUUGAAGAUGGCUGGCGAGAAUUCGAGAAGAUUAAGGAAAGCGGUUUGGCGACGAGCAUUGGCGUCAGUAAUUUCAACCUCGAGGAAUUGCAGAAACUGGUCAAGUCUGCCAAAGUCAUCCCAGCUGUGAACCAGAUCCGCUUCCACCCAUAUAACUAUGCCGAGAACAAAGAGCUCUUGGACUACGCUGCAAAACACGGCAUCAUAAUCGAGGCAUAUAGCAGUCUCACACCCAUAACCAAGGCGCCAGGAGGACCAGUAGACAAGCCAGUCGCCGCUGCCGCUGAGCGACUAGGUGCGACGCCCGUGCAGGUAAUCCUGAAGUGGGUCCAGCAGAAGGGUGCGGUGAUCGUAACUACCAGUUCGAAGAAAGAGCACCUAGAGGAGUAUCUCGCAGUUGCCGAUUUACCCGACCUGACAGACGACGAGAUCGCCGCCAUCGACGAAGCAGGCGCAAAGGGUCCUUCGGAUGCAAAGACAAAGGCAAAAACCGCUCUUACCUUCUUGCUCUGUGGUUAUCUAACCUUGCGUGCUCUCUGGCAAGUCUCCAAGCUCUUAGAACUGCCGUUGGCACGAUAG